AUGACGGAUGAGUUCCCCAGUGCCCUGGUCGGGCCUUCUUCCAAAGAAAGAAAAUAUGACCGGCAGCUGCGUCUGUGGGCUGCGAGUGGCCAGCAAGCUCUCGAAGACUCCCGCGUGCUGUUGAUCAACAACGACGGGCCCUGGACCGCCCAGGACUCUGGCGUGGCUGGCGUAGCGGGGGUGGAGACCCUCAAGAACCUCGUCUUACCGGGCAUUGGGGGAUUCACGAUUGUCGAUCCUGCCGUUGUCACCGAAGCCGAUCUGGGGGUGAAUUUCUUUCUCGAGCACGAGAGUCUGGGCAAAUCUCGAGCCGAGGAGACCUGUCGGUUGUUGAAGGAGCUGAAUCCGGAUGUGGAUGGGAGCUUCCACUCAAAGCCUGUCACGGAACUCUUACCCGAUCCCGGGUUUCUGCCGCUGCACAAGCUGGUAGUGAUCUCGGGGCCGAUCAAGCGUUCGUCGCUGGAUGCCGUCUGUGAUGCUGCGAGGGAAUACAACAUCCCCGUGCUCUAUCUGCGCUCCGUCGGGUUCUACUCCAGUUUCUCUGUACAGCUGCCGGCACUGUUUCCCAUUGUAGAAACGCACCCGGAUCCAGAGACGACGCAGGAUCUUCGUCUUCUCACUCCUUGGCCCGAGCUGUCGGCUGCUGCUGAACGGGUCAGUAGUCUUGAUAGCAUGGACGACCAUCAGCACGGACACGUGCCGUGCCUACUAUUGCUGCUACAUUAUCUCGAGCAGUGGAAGCAAACGCACGACGGCAAAGUCCCUUCCAAUUAUAAGGAGAAGACCGAGUUCAGGGAGCUGGUGCGAUCUGGCGCACGAACUGGUAACCCGGAAGGCGGCGAGGAGAACUACGACGAAGCGGUUGCCGCGGUGCUGAAGGCGUUGAACCCAUUCAGUCUACGUAGUUCGCUUCGCGAGAUCUUCGAGGCGGAGGAAUGCAAAAACAUAAAGCCGGAGUCCACGGAUUUCUGGUUCAUCGCGGCGGCCGUCCGGGAAUUCUACGAGACACAUCAAGUAUUGCCUCUUCCGGGCUCGCUCCCCGAUAUGAAGGCCCAAUCGGCCGAUUACGUUUCGCUGCAGAACAUCUACAAAGCAAAGGCCAAGAAGGACGUGGAAGAGGUCACGAACAUCGUUCGGAAGCUGGAGGCCCAGUUGGAGGGAGGCCGAUUUCUUGAAGUCCAAGAAAAGGAGAUCGAGGUCUUCUGCAAGAACGCUGCUCACAUCAAGGUCAUCAACGGCCGUGCUAUCCCGCGCGUGGACGGCGACGCACAUACUCUCAAAACCAUUCGUAACCAGCUGGGCAACGAGGAGUCCCUGAUGCCGAUUUAUGUCGCGUUCCAGGCCCUAGACGGCGUCGUGACCGAAGUCCAAGAAAAGGGUGCCGCCGGAUCCCUGGAAGACGAAACAACAUGGAACGCUCAAGUCACGCGCAUUGUCGGGGCGUUGAAUCGCGAUGACCCAUCGGCCGUGGACGAGGACACCUACCAACGAAUUUUGGAUGCCGUCCAGGAGCUACGACGCACCGAAGGCGGCGAGCUUCACAACAUCUCCGCUUUGACGGGUGGGCUCGUCGCCCAGGAGGUUUUGAAGGUGCUUACCCGGCAGUACGUACCUUUGGAUAACACCUGCAUCUUCGACGGGGCACGGAGCCGCAGUGAGAUGUACAGGCUGUGA